CAACGCUUAUAAACAUGGCGUCUCGUGUGGAGUUACUGAAUGCCGAGGAGGAAUUGUUGUAUUUGUUGUUGUUGAUGUUUGUUUUCAGUAAACUUCAGUAAAACCCACAGUACGAAAAAAGAACCAUAUAGUAAUCAUAUAAAACCCAGUAAACCUUGAGAUGAUCACUUUACAACAAAAUACAGCUAUAAAUAUGAGAACAUGUAUGAAACUAAAAUAAACAACCUCAAUUUUUAUUUUAUUAAUUUCACUGAGAUUUUUAUUAAACAUGGACCUUCACUUUCAUUAAACAGACAUUUAUUGUAGGUUCAUUUUGUAAAUGUAAACAUCAGUGUAAACAGACAGAAGAAAGUUAUUUCAGAACGAUCGCUCUGGAUGUUCACCCUCAGUGUAAAGGUCUCUGUGUAUGGAGACAGCAGAAUGGGGUGUAAUCAGUGUGUCUGACGGUGUAGUGUAGUGACGCUGUUUAUUUGUGAAGAUACUGAUGAAUGAGAACAUGGUGCAUCACUAAAAACUUUCAGCUUUGGCUUUAUUAUCUCAGCAAUAUGCACAAAGCAAAUCCAAAUCACUAUUUUAAAAUCUUUUCCAUGAAUUUUGUGCCAUCUGGCUGUCUGUAUGGUCCCGCAAGGACGGAUCAGAGAGAUCCCUGUACAGUCGCACCUUUCGUCAGGAGUCGCCUCGAAGUCGUGUGUGUGUGUGGAGGGGUGAGAAUAAACCGGUUAGUCGACCUGAGUCAAAGUGAAACGCAGCAGCUCCAUGUUGUGACGAGGAGAAAAUAAAAUCUUUCAGGAGUAAAAACACAAAUGAUGGAGGGAAGGAGAUCAGAUUCACCAGAACCCAGCUGUGUAUCAAUGAAGAGUGACCAAUCAAUGAAACAUCCAAUAUACUUCAGAGAUGGAGACAGUUCUACUGAUGCGAGAAUGAUGGAGGGAAAGAGAUCAGACUCACCAGAACCCAGCUGUGUCUCCAUGAAGAGUGACCAAUCAAUGAAACAUCCAAUAUACUUCACAGACAGAGGCGGUUCUUCUGAUCCGAGAAACAGACCACAGAAGGAGAGAUUAAACGUCUUUAGUGGGAAACAGUUGGAGUCCGUAUUCAAGGAGUUGGAACACAAAGCCAUUGCUCUGAUAAAGAAUGAACUGAAGAGGUUUAGGAAGCUCCUGAGUCCAGAUUACCCAGCAUGCACUGAGAGGGAGGUGGAGUCUGAGGAGGAUCUGCACAGUGUCAGAGAGGGAGUGCUGAAGAUCGCACUGCACUUCCUGAAGAACAUGAACUACACAGAUCUCGCUAACACACUGCAGAACAAGUCUGUGGCCUCUGUGUACCAGCUCAAUCUCAAAUCCAGACUGAGGAAGAAGUGUAAAAGAAUUAAUGAAGGAAUCUCAGAGCAUGGAAGCUCAGUUCGUCUGAAUGAGAUCUACACAGAUCUCCACAUCACAGAGGGGUGGAGUGGAGACGUCAAUAAUGAACAUGAGGUGAGACAGAUUGAGACAGCGUCCAGGAGACCAGCAACACAGGAGACACCCAUCAAAUGUAAAGAUCUCUUUAAAGACGAGUCCAUCAGAAGAGUGCUGACUAAAGGAGUUGCUGGAAUUGGAAAAACAGUCUCUGUGCAGAAGUUCAUUCUGGACUGGGCUGAAGGAAAAGAGAAUCAGGACGUCUUCUUCAUGUUUCCACUUCCCUUUAGAGAGCUGAAUCUGAUGAAGCAGGAACAUCUCAGUCUGAUGGAUCUUCUUCAUCACUUUUUCCCUGAAAUAAAAGAAGUACAAUUAAUAGACUGUGACUCCUACAAAGUCCUGUUGAUCUUUGAUGGUCUGGAAGAGUGUCAACUUCCUCUAAAUUUCCAGAAGAAUGAGAGACUGUGUGACGUGACGGAGUCAGCCUCAGUGGAUGUGCUGCUGACGAACCUCAUCAAGGGGAAUCUGCUUCCCUCUGCUCUCCUCUGGAUAACCUCUCGACCAGCAGCAGCCAAUCAGAUCCCUCCUGAGUGUGUAGACCAGGUAACAGAGGUACGAGGGUUCAGUGAUCCUCAGAAAGAGGAGUACUUCAGGAAGAGGAUCAGUGAUCGGAGCCUGGCCAAUAAAAUCAUCUCACACAUGAAGUCUUCAAGAAGCCUCUACAUCAUGUGUCACAUCCCAGUCUUCUGCUGGAUCUCAGCCACUGUUCUAGAGAGAAUGUUGGGUAAAGCAGAGAGUGGAGAGAUCCCCAAGACUCUGACCCAAAUGUUCACACACUUCCUGAUCUUUCAGAUCAAACACAAGAACAAAAAGUACCGUCAGAAAUGUGGCCUUGAUCCUCAGCAGACCAGAGCGAGUAUCCUGGCACUGGGAAAACUGGCUUUCCAACAGCUGGAGAAAGGAAACCUGAUCUUCUAUGAGGAAGACCUGAGAGAGUGUGGCAUUGAUGUGAGAGAAGCGUCAGUGUACUCAGGAGUGUGUACCCAAAUCUUCAGAGAGGAGUUUGGGCUUCACCUGGGGAAGGUGUUCAGCUUUGUACAUCUGAGUGUUCAGGAGUUUCUGGCUGCUUUAUACAUGUUUCUCUCCUUCAUCAGCAGAAAUGUAACCCAACGACAAACUACUGGUCUGUCUGAUCUUUUCAGAAAGUCAAACAUGUCCGAUCUCCUCAAGAGUGCAGUGGACAAGGCCUUACAGAGUGAGAACGGACACCUGGACCUGUUCCUCCGCUUCCUUCUGGGUCUCUCACUGGUGUCCAAUCAGACUCUCUUACGAGUCUUAAUGCCUCAGACAGGAGGUAGCUCUCACAACAAACAAGAAAUUGUCAAGUACAUCAAGGAGAAGAUCAGGAAGAAUCCAUCUCCAGAGAAAUCCAUCAAUCUGUUCCACUGUCUGAAUGAACUGAAUGAUGAUUCUCUAGUGCAGGAAGUACAGACUUACCUGAACAGAAGAGGUGACAGGUGUCUCAGUGGAACCCGACUCUCUCCUGCUCAGUGGACAGCUCUGGUGUUUGUGUUACUGAACUCAGAACAGGAGCUGGAUGAGUUUUCUCUGAAGAAAUAUGAUCCAUCAGAGGAAUGUCUUCUGAAGCUGCUGCCAGUGGUCAAAGCCUCCAGAAAAGCUGUUCUGCGUCUGUGUAAUCUGACCGAGGAAAGCUGUAGAGCUCUAUCCUCAGUUCUCAGCUCAAAGUUCUCCAGUCUGAAAGAUCUAAACCUGAGUGGAAAUAUCCUGCAGGAUUCAGGAGUGAAGCUGCUCUCUGCUGGACUGGAGAAUCCACACUGUACACUGGAGAUACUGAGAAUGUGUUUGUGUGGUCUCACAGAGGAAAGCUGUAGAGUUCUGUCCUCAGUUCUCACCUCAAACUCCUCUAGACUGAGAAUACUGAACCUGAGUAACAAUGAACUGCAGGAUUCAGGAGUGGAGCUGCUCUCUGCUGGACUGAAGAACCCACACUGUACACUGGAGAUACUGAGGUUGUCUAAAUGCCGUGUAACAUGUAAAGGUUUUGCUGCUUUGGCUUCGGCUCUGAGAUCAAACUCCUCCUCACAGCUGAGAGAACUGUACCUGAAUAACAAUAAUCCAGGAGAAUUAGGAGUGAAGCUGCUCUCUGUUCUACUGAUGGAUUCACACUGUACACUGGAGAAACUAGAGUUGUCUAGCUGCAAUAUUACAAGAGAUGAUUGUGUUGCUUUGGCUUCGGCUCUGAGAUCAAACUCCUCCUCACAGCUGAGAGAACUGAACCUGACCGGGAAUAAUCCAGGAGAAUUAGGAGUGAAGCUGCUCUCUGAUCUAAAGAAAUCUCCCCACUGGAAACUAGAGAAACUAGACAUUUAGAUGUAUUCCCUCAGCAGGACUGGACAGUGUGGAGUCUCCACUCCAACCUCUCCUACAGGCGCUAGAACCCGUCCCACGGGUCUAACAGAACCCUUCAUAAUCAGAUGUGGACGAUGCACAGCGUAGCUCUGUAUUUGAUCCGUUUACCCAGCGUGUAGCUGCUUAACCUGCUUCCAUUCAUUUAUUACAACACCACAGUGAGAGAUUUCCUUUUCCAUAAAAUCACCGAUUUAAAGAGAACUCGCGCCUCUUUUCAGUCUAUAAAUGUAUUCAUGCUAACAAAUACGCCGUUUAAUGUUUCGAUCAAACAUCCUCGCAUCUUCUGACAUCACCAGAGACAGCUUUACUACUCGGUUUUAAAUGGCAGUGCAAUGUUUAUUUACAACAGAGAUAUGAAAUAUAUUUUUAUGUACAGUUCUAUGCAUUUUUUAUACACUGUAUAUCCGUCUAAUACAUUUUUAUACACAUUCUGAUGUGUUCAUCUACAGUAUGUGAAAUAUAAAAUGAAUAAAUGGUGACUAGGACUAA